AGUUGUGCUUUGUUUCGAAUGCAUCCAGUCGUUUUGUUCAAAAGGUAAGACCAUAAACUGUUAUACUUUAAAUAAUCGUGUUGUAUCACUGAUAAUUAUUGAUAAUUUGUAAAUGAUUUCGCUCAGUUUUAAUUGUAUAUUAUUUACGAGUAAUAAACUACCUCACUUGUGACAUUUUAUAUAUUAAUUGAUAAUUAUUUUAUACAAGUUUUGACAAGUUAGAAAUGACAAGUAACAUUCUUAAGUAACUGUUUUCACUUUAUACUUUCAACAAAUUUCGAUCAUAGCGUCACUGUUUCUUUCAUCUUUUUUUUUCUUUUAUGGCCAGAAAACGUUCGUUACGAUUUAACUGUUGCUUCAACAUUGGUUAUGUAUAGUAACAGUGACAAAACAGGUGGCAAACGAAAGGAAAUCAAACGGAAAUAAUAAAAAGAAUAUAUCGCAAUUAUCGAAGAACCGAUAAAAAUGUCGUAUGAUAAUCAGAACGUUCCCUCCAACGGUAAAUCUUUAAAUUCCGCAAUAAGUAAACGAUCCCGUUCGGUAAAGUCACAUGAAAAGGCAUCUUCGAAAGUAAUUACGAGAAAUAAAGCUUUGUACCUUCCAAAGGGAAAAUGUACAGACAACAUCUUAAAACGAUCACGCGGAAUAAAUGAACAUUCUCAAAAUGAAAUUACGCAAGAAGCACAAGUUAAAUGCAAGAAUCACAUAGAAUCAGUCGAUAAUGAAAACUAUGAUGAUCCGGUUGCAGUAUUACGCAAAGAAAUACAAGAUUGGAGGAUAAAUGAAUUAUUAACAUCUAGAACCGACGAAAGGUUCACUGAAACACCAAGCGAAUACCAUAGUUAUAGUUGUGUUGCUUCCGGAGAAACCACGAAGAGGCAACGAAGUCCUAACAGUGCAUCUAAGUCUCAUAGAACAUACGUCGAUUACCCGGUGGUAACGAGGAAGCCUAACGCGUUAGAGUAUCUGGAUUUAUGCGAGAACCUUCCUGUUCCAUCCCUCGCGUCCUGCGCUUCAAAAAUGCAUUCGCAAUCGAGUUGCGAUUGUUACUGCAAAAUUCGAGUUCCCAUCGAGCAACAAAGGAAAGAAAUUCAUUCUGCGAGAAAACGUGUCAUAUCUUCGUCAAAAAGUUCCGCCAAAACGGAAGUCAUCAAGAGCGCGAAGAAAGUUCCACUGAUUUCGGCGAGGCUAGUUGACGAUGAGGAGCUUGAAAGUAGAAGAUCCACCAUAACGAUUCCGAUGUCUCCGACGUUGAGUCCAGAAACAACCGUGGCUCUCGAAAACUCGGAAAGAUUGAUCAAGGAUGCUGAAAUUCAGAUUAAAAGAAUAAACACGGUUGAAAACGUUGGUCGUGCGCAAAACUAUACGUGGCCAGAUGAAGCAUCUUUGGACGACGAAAACGAUCAAUUGUUGUACAUUCGUGAACGAGUGGCAUACAAAUUUGAAGAAGCAAACGGUUGGGUCGAUGCGAAUCGCCCGAUUCCCAAAAGUCUAGAAUUUUUUAACAAAAAUUUUCAAUCGAGAAAAACCAUCGACUUCUCCGACCGGAAGUUUCAACCGUCCGAGGAAAGAUAUCGGCAAUAUUUGCAACAAAGGAAUUUGCGAGCACAAAAGCUUGGAUUUUCGGUACCGAUAGACGUCAGAAGCAAAGAAGAAACAAAAUGUUCCAGCGAAACGGUUCCCGUUAAUCGCGAAUCGACCAAACACACGAAAAUGGUUACUUGUUCCGUUCAAACGGUUCCAUCGGUGGACAUCAAAGCGGAACUAAUAUCGCAACAUUUAAAAAGCAUUCACAUAUCACCGGACGCGUCUUUCGAGCGACAAAAUCCGAAUGUUGGAAACUACGAAAUUCAUCACGAUUUUCGUCCCAGAAAAACAUGCUCCGUCCGUAAAGAAAAAUUGACGAGAAUACCGACAGAAACUUCGAACACCAGAGAGAAGAGAAGAGACUCGGAGUUCAAUGGAGAUUCCUCGACUUCCGUUUCGAAUGAAAUAUCGGAAAAAACCACCGUAAAGUCCCCUAAAGAAAGACCCGGUUCAGAAAUACAAACUGAGACGAAUGUUAAAUCAAAUUUAACGAACGUUGAUCGUAAAAAUGACUCGAAAGAAGAAAAGUCACAGUCUAUUCCGAAUAUUUCAAACGACAAACAAAUUACCGCGGAGUCCAAGCACGAAGAAAAACAGGUGCGGUUUAACGACGAUGCUUUAGAAGAAUCUCUCGAGUUAAAAUUCGAAUCGUUCGAGAUUUCUUCGACUUCGAAAGACGAGGUAAUCAAAUGUACUCCAUUAUCCAGCGAGGAGAUUGAGACGAGACGUCUGAUGAAUAAACGAAGACACGAAGAAAUCUGUGGAAAACGAAAACGCGAAAAAGAAGAACGCUACAAAGUCGUCGAUCAACGUUUCUCAGACGUUAUGAAGAAGUACUGCAAUGAAGAAAUGAACCCUUCGAGAAACAACAGUUGUAGUCAAAAUUCUUCGGAAGAUUCGGAUCUGUCUGGUCUCAGUUUGUACGAGCCGUGUUUAAAUCAGUUUGACGAUCUUUUAACGACGUACAAUAAACUAAUCAAUAAUGUAGUUCGAUCUACUGAAACUGUCGACGAAUUUCUCUCGCGACACGAAUACACGGACGAAUUUUUGAAAAACAAAACUGAGAAGAUAAGAACGUACUAUCCUCGUGCACUGCGAAGAAAAGUCUCGAUCUCCAAACAUCGAUUAUCGUCGGCGAAUAAAAAUGUUAACAGAGAAAAGCAAAGAAGAACUUCGUCGAUCAAAUCGUUGAUGUUUGUCAAGGAUAAUAAUUCAAGAAAGUCGUUCGUCGUUUCGAAACGAUCGAAAUUUCUGAGAAGAAACGAACUUGGCUCGGUUAAAAACGAAGAAAGCACUGAUGGCGAUAAAAUAAGGGGAGCUAACGAUGUGGAGCACAGUCGAUCUUUUAAAAAGCAUUCGACUGAAAAAUUGCCUUUGUUCGAAGUCGAAAAUGAUAGCUCGAGUUUCGUUUCUUCAUCUUCCAACGCACAGUCGCAAAGCGUUAACGAGAGGAAAAUAAUUCAGGAUCAGACUACAAAUUUGAGAGGGCAAAAGGAAGAAAGGAACGAGCUUGAUCAUGCUGUUUUGUGCGAUGUUAUAUGUUCGAACGUUGUGAAGGAGAUUCUACCGAAAACGAAUAACGUGGAGCAUCUCAGAGAAGAAACUCUUAUCGAAGAAAAGGUUAAAAGCUUCUUUAACGCGGAGAAAAUUGUACCGUUGUUGACGAAAGGUCUGUUGGAAAAUUUGCGAAGUAAUUUCUUGAAUUUUGCGAAUAUUCAAAGUUCGCGGAACGAAGAGAUGGACGAUUUGAAGAGUAAGGAUUCAGCGACUGAAAAACUGAGAAAAAUCGAUUCGGAAUUGCUGGAAAACGCUUCUGACGCGAAAUCUCGUGAAAUUAGUUCGAAGAAUGAAAAUUCUCCAACUGAAGAAUAUAAUAAAACUGAUUCCACGAAAGAAAUUUCCAGCGCGAAAUCUCACGAAAUUAAUUCGAAAUCCUUGAAAGAAACUUCUCCUAUGAAAUGUUGCGAAACUAGUCCGAAAAAUGACGACUCUUCGAUGCAAGGAAUUAAGAAAAUUGAUUCAGAAUCAUCGAAAGAAACUUCUAAUACAAAAUCUCACGAAAUUAACUCGAGAAGUAAGAAUUCUUCAAGCGAGGAAAUUAAUGAAAUUGAUUCGAAGUUCUCGAAAGAGACUUCCAACACGAAAUCUCGUGAAACCAAUUCAAAAAGUAAUUCUGAAAACAUUCUGCUAAAAAACUCGAAAGAAAAUUCUGCGAAAGAAGAAAAUUCACUGCAAAAUUUAGAGGAAGAAAACAAUUCGUGUAUAGAUGUCUUGAAAGAUUUCGAUAAAGAUGCAGGAAUCACAGAAGAUGCGAUACAGAAAGAUUCCACGAUUUUGAUUCAAAACACAGUUCCUGAAGUACAAGAAGAAAAUUAUGCGAGAUCUAUUCGAGAUAUAGAAAAGGAUCAGAUUUCGUCGUCCGACUCUUUGCGCGAUUGCGAAUCUAUUCAAUCGUCAAAAAUCGUUUCGAAAACGUCGUCGAACGUUAUAGUACCGUCGCGAAAAAUAAAUGAAACAGUUUUGGAAAUAAAUAAUGAGAACGAAGAAUUAAAUGCGAAUAAUUCUCGCUUCGAUAGAUUAGUCGAGAGAGAUAAAAUUUUAUCUGAACUGUAUGAUGAUGUGCAUAAGGUGCUAUUCUCUUCUGCGUUUCAUAGAAACGAUUCGACUAUAUUCAAUCAAAACUGGAGAUCUAACAGCAUACCUACGGUAAAAUCUAGUAUUACAUCGUCUAGUAGUUCUCAUUCUGAAGGGGAACUGCAUAUGCCAAGUUCCGGUUCGUAUUCGAUCGGAGAAGUUAGGAUAUUAACGAAAAAUCGAUCGGACGAAGAAAAUACAGACGAUGAUAUCACAGUUUUUCUUACAGAACAGAUGUUGACAUCGUGGAAUGAAUCAUCAAAGGCACUGGUGCAAAGCAUGGGAGAAAUUUAGUCACUAAUUUGAUCGAAAGCGCGCAAUACAAACUCUGCUGCAAACAUUUUAAUUAAAUACUUUGUACCAUUCGUAUUCCCAG